AAAAAAGAAGUAAAAAAGAAAAAACCAGAGUGAAAGAUAUAUGUAUGCAUGUAAACAAGAUUAACGAUAAUGCCUUGAUUUGUAAAUAAAACUUCAUCACUUCCACUAAUGAAAAUUUCUCUUUUUAGAUUUGUUCCCAAUUCACGUCGCUCUCUUACAAAAUAUUUCGUACAUUUAUCAUUAAAAUGAGGUAAAUUUAUUAUCAGCGUUUUUCAAUGUUAUUUAUUGUAGAUAAAGUAUAUAAAAAAAAAAAGAAAAAAAAAAGAAAAGAAAAGAAAAAGAUAAAUGAUGAAAAACAAGAGCCACGUGAACUACAAAUUAAAAAUAAUGUCUCCUACCUCACAGGUUGCUCUGUGAUUUUUUUGUUUAAUAAAUAAAUAAAUAAAUAAAUAAAUAAAUGAAUAUUAAAAAAAAACUGCAAAGAUUUUUGUAUAUAUAUAUAUAUGAAGUAUAUGUGUAUAUAAACAUACAAUAUAUAUGUUAUAUAUAUAUAAACAUAUAUGUAUAUGUAUAUGUUUGCGAUAAAUAUUCCAGGUUACGAGAAUCAUUCUUGCAGUGACAUCGUAUCGUACGAUACUUGCGCUUACAUAUAUAUAUAUAUAUAUGUGUGUGUGUGUAUGUGUAUAUGUAACGCGUCUCUAUUCUGAUCCAAAUGACGUGGUAUUUAGGUCGACCUGCUCGAUCGCACGCGAUUACUCUCGAUAUUGGAUUUCCGUAGGUAGCUCUCUUAAAGUAAAAUGUCAUCAGUGACGUCCAUGUACUGUAUUAACGAGAACUCAAAUAUUUACCAUUUAAAGUAGUAAAUGGGAUCGAAUGCGUUCCAUUCAUACGAUCGAGGUUCUUCGAUAAUUUAAUCGUAUAUAGUAAACGACAUAUAAGAUCAUUCAUUAUAUAUAAUAUGAAAAGACAUAGAUUCGUAUCUUUUUUUUCUUCUUUUCUUUUUCUAAUAUUAUGCAUCCAGAGAAAAAAAGAAAAGACAAGGAAAAAAAAAAGUGAAAUCAAGCACUUAAUGAUACCAAAUAUUAUAUUGAAAAUUCAAAUUUCGCGGAAAUAAAUGGCGGAUGUUUAAUGUUCCCUUAACAACAGCGACAUCUUUACUUUAGAAUUUUUUUUUGGUUACGUCGUAUUAAAUUAUUCGAACUUCAAUUCACGAAUUUUUACUUGAAAACUAGUCAAAAUCAUAAAUAUCUGAUUGGUCAAUAAUCUUUAGAAAUUUUCUUAAAAGUAUUCCGUUGACGAAAAGUAUCACUUCAUAUACCGAUGAUUAUAUAUAUAUAUAUAUAUAUCUUCUAUGAAAUAUUUGAAAAAUAUUAUAAUUAUUUUUUCUUCUUUUCGUUGAAUUAUAUCUUGCGAUAUAAUAAAAUAUUCAUCAAAAAUAUCACCAGAAAAGAAUAUUAUUUAGUUAACGUUUUCUACGCUAGAGUUCGAUAUAAGGAUUACAAUUUGAAACAUGGCACAAUAACGCGCCACUACUUCUCUGAUCGUAGAUCUUCUGUAACACAUCCGACCGCGCGUCGGAAUUUCAAAUGUCCCUUACGUUAAUCCCAACGAAAUGUCUCGUGUACUGAGUUUUCUCACAAGAAGUGACAUUGAAUUGAAAUUAAAUAUAACACCGAACGAUAAAGAGUUAACGCCCUGUUUAAUUGUCAAAAAUGGCUAACCAUUGAAUUUUUCUUUUGAUGAUUAGUUUACAAAUAAUAAUACUACAAGUAAUAAAAUUUAUUCGAAGGAAAAUAUUUAACCUAAAAUAAAAAAAAAGAAAUCGUCUAUCAAUACGAUCAUGCCGCGUAUAAAAGCAUCGCCUAAAAAAUGUGUCAAAACUGGUAAUUUAAAUCCUGCAACGAACACUUGGGUCUUUCUUAUGAAAGGAGAUGGUUUAGAGGGAAAAGAUGGAAAUUUACCAAACGUAGUUAAACUUAGACAUCCAGCGUCGAAUCAACCAGCUAUGUUUGUCUUUAGUCCUGGUGAUCUUAUGGUACAAGAAGUUCUAGCAUUCGACGAAAACAGAAGAUCAUGGUUUAUAGAUGAUAAUGUUAAGUCUGAUGGUAAAAUGCAUCUUUCAACUCCAAUUGAUCCAAUCUUUUUAGUUUUGCCAUAUUUAAGAAAGUCGCCGCAAAUACAGCCUCUUGAUCAAUGUUUAUGGGAUGAAGAUUAUCCAGAAACACCUCGCUUAGCUCAUUGCCAAAAUUUGAAGUUAUCAUUAGUUGCAGAUCGAAAAGGUGAUGAAUCUCUUCAAGCUUUCAAAUACAACGAAGAAAAAACAUUAAACUGGUUGAAAAAGAAAGUAGAAAGAGUAGCUGAAGUUUUAAAACAGAAGAGCAUUCAUGUAUCACAGGGAGCUAUAAGUGCUACAUACGUUAAAAGUACUAAAUAUGAAAGUGGUACUGAACUAGAAUACUUGAAGUAUGCACAUGGUAUAGUAUCUGAAUAUUUGGCUGACGAUAUAGCAAAAAAAUUGUUACAGUAUUUAAAUAUACCAGAGGAAGUAGAAAGAAAACGUAAAUUGAGUAAUCCUAAGCAAGUAACCGAUGAGAAGAAAUUCAAGAGAGAUACUUCUGAUGAAGAUUUAACUCCACGUACCAAAGCUUUGGAUCUGUCAAAACCUGAAAAGCCUCAGAAAGCUCCAACAUUAAAUAAAAAGGAGCUUGCUAGGCAAAAAGCAGCAGUUGGAUCUAAAAAUAUUACAAGCUUUUUUAAAAAAAAAUGAAUUUUACUAAGUUAGAAAUUAUAAAUAAUUGGAGACUGUAUUAAUAGAUUAUAAUGGAGUACUUGCAUUCCUAUAAAAGUUAUUCCUAAAAAAACUGCUAUGUCAGACUGUUAUAUGAUUUUACAAUAUGUAUGUGCAGUCUUAAUUACUUUACUGUAAUGUUGUCUUUUUAUCAAUAGUUACAUAUCUGUAUUUUAACUUGUUGAAGACUGCUUGUAAAAAUAUUGUUAGUAAUCUUAUAAAAAAUCUUGUUUUUAUAAUGUAAUGUAAAUGAUAUGUAAUGUUUUAAAAUGACAGGAUGAGAAAACAUAUUGUGAUUUCAAGAUUGUUUUAUAUUAAAAUUAUUUAUAAUGGUAUAUAUAUAUAUAUUAUAUAUAUAUAUAUAUUGCAAGACAAAGCAAUAUCUUUAUAUAACUCCUUCCAAAUGUAUAGGCUCUGUAAUCAACAAAUACCAAUUAUGAAUUAAAAACAUCU